UAAAAGAGCAUGAUGGACUCUCCUUGCCUUGGCUGUCUGUCCCCUCCGUUCGCCGUCACAUUGCCCGCACUCGGGAUAGAUACAGAAGGCCCAUCCCUGUGUCGCGUGUCUUCCCCCUUUCUUUCCCAGGCAAGAAAACAACCAAGCUGCCACAGAGAUAGAUAGAGGAGAGAGAUAUCGAGUAUAUCCCUGCGUGUUCCUUCCUCUUUUCCCCCUGCAAGAAAACAAGCGCAGCCUGCCCCCAUCGACCCCGGAAAAAGAAGCAGCAGCGAGUGCAAACAAAUUUCCGCAGCAAAAAGCAGCGCAAGAGGAGAUUCCCACCACCUCUCCUCCCCUUUGCUCCACUCCGUCCACUGUCGUUGUAAAAGACCAAGAGAACUCGCGCGUUGCCCCCAUCCGCUCCUUUCGCGUCGAUAUCAUUCCCCCAUCAAACCCCAAGUUCGUCGGUAUCAUCAUGGCGAGACGCCGCCGCGGCUAGUUAUAAGGCCGGGCCGACCCGAACCCGAUCGUUCGUGAGACUCGGGAACUGAUUAGAUUGGUUGAGCGGCAAGCCGGCGGCCAUGGGUUGCAAAGGGUCGAAGCUGGACGAGCAGGAGGCCGUGGCGCUCUGCCGAGGGCGCGCCGACCUGCUCGCCGCCGCCGUGCGCCAUCGCGACGCGCUCGCCGACGCGCACGCCGCGCUCGCCGACUCCCUGGCGUCCAUCUCCAACUCGCUCCAACUCGUCCUCGUGUCCGCGUCUGCCCCGACGCGGCUCACGCUCCCCGCCGCGGGCAAGGGCGUCGACCCUUCCCCGCCGCCGCCGCCGCCGCAGGACUCCGCCUCGCCUCCGCACUCCUCGUCGCACAUCAACUUCGCGCCGUCCUCUGGAUCCGAGUCAGGCUCCGUGACCUCAUCGCCUCUCCACCGCCUCGCCGGCCAUCAAGAGCAGUUCCGCCACCCUCACCCGUACCCGCACGCGCUUCAGUUCCCGCAUUAUGGGUACGGCUACGCGCCUGACCCUCCGUUCGGGUACCCGCCAGGAUCGCUGCAGCUCUACUACGCGCGGAGCCGCCCGCCCCCGGCCUCCGUCGCUGUCGAGCAGCGCGCGGCCCCGGCGGAGCGCGUCUACUUCGGCUCUUUCGAACCGGCGGGUGGGAACCCGCGGUAUUAUUCGUAUGGAGGCGAGCCCACGGUGGCAGGUAGGGCGGCUGCACCACCGCCGUCGCCGCCGAGGGCGAGCUCGUGGGACUUCUUCAAUGUGUUCGACAACUAUGAAGUGCACGACAACUACUGUUAUGAUGCUGUCAACGCUGGGACCACGGCAACGACACCGUACACGCCGAGCAGGUGCUCGCGGGAAGUGCGGGAGGAGGAGGGCAUCCCGGAGCUCGAGGAGGACGACGUGGUCGUCAAGGAGGUGUCCAGCGAGUACUCCACCCCAGGCAGUGGCGGCGCCCUUAGCCGACGUAACUCGGUCAGCGGGGUGAGCAGUGGCAUCGCCGAAGGCCAUGAAGAGGAGAAUCAUGUUGUUGACAAGGGAGUGGUCAUCGGCGGUAGCGUGGCACGACAACAGGCACCAUUGCAGCCUAAUGUCGCACCUACGAUGCCGACUCACCGAAGGGCAUCCGAGAGCGCCGACAUUGCCAGCAAGAUCAAGGCGCAGUUUGUUCGAGCAGCAGAUGCUGUCAGGGCACUCGCACCAAUCCUUGAGGCCAGGAAGCGGAGGUACCAUUCCCGCAGCUCAGUGUACCAUGUUUCGUCUCGGAUGGUGUCGGCGAUUGCACUGCCGAAUUCAGUGUAUGGAGGUGAAGAGUUGGAUAUUGGAGGAGAGAAGGUGGUGGGAGGGAGAAGCUUAUCUUUAACCCUGCAGAAACUCUAUAUAUGGGAGAAGAAAUUAUACAACGAGGUUAAGUCUGAAGAGAAAAUGCGCCUCCUGCUUAUCAAAACCUCCAAGCGGCUGAAGUUCUUGGAUCAGAAGGGUGCUGAAGCUCACAAGAUUGAGGCAACUCAAAAUUUGGUCAGAAAGCUGUCGACAAAAAUAAGAAUGGCCGUGCGAGUAAUUGCUAAGGUUUCGAAGAAGAUAGACAGAGUAAGGGAUGAGGAAUUGUGGCCACAAAUUAAGGCAUUAAUCCAAGGGUUUGUGAACAUGUGGCAAGAUAAGCUAGAGUGCUACCAGAUACAAUGUGAAGCAAUAUCGGAGGUGAAAAAAUUGGAUUCAAUUGUUUCUGGUGGAAUCAGUUCAGAUUUAGCAAUGGAGCUUGAAGUAGACUUGGUGAAAUGGAUUGUCAAUUUCUCCUCUUGGGUGAGUGCACAAAGAAGCUUUGUAAAGGCACUAAAUGGAUGGCUAGCCCUUUGUCUCAACUAUCAGCAAGAGGAGACACCUGAUGGAGCUCCUCCUUAUUCUCCUGGAAGAGUGGGUGCACCUCUUGUGUUUGUCAUAUGCAACAGCUGGUCUCAAUGUAUGGAUCGAAUUUCUGAGAAGGACGUGGUUACUGCUAUGCAAGCUCUUGUGUCCAGUGUACGCAACCUGUCAGAGCAAAAAAUUGUUGAGCUUAGCGAACAGAUCAGUGUAAUCCGGGAACGAGAAAAAUGGAACAAGAUACUGGAAAGGAAGGCCAUGGAGAUUAGCAAGGAGACAGAUACACUAAACAGAAAGCUAGCCCUAGUGCCAGGCCGGCAAAGCCUGCUUCCAAUGGCAAAAACAUACCAGGCCCAUUUUCUUGAAGCAGACAACCUGCACAUAAGUUUGAGGCGUGUACUUCAAGCUCUGGAGAGCUUCGCUUCCAGUUCCUUGCAAGCUUUCCAGAAUACUCAGAGACAUGCUGAAGAGGAAAUGUUAUCCAGAGAGAAUCCCAAAGUUUCAUAGUCUGAUAUGUUUCUUCUAGCACUACAGCGAACACAACACAGCUUGUAAAAUAGGAGGAUCCUCUUACAGGGCGGCGAUGCUGAAUGCACUAGGCGAAUGGUUCCCGCUGAUCAAAAUUUUGGUGAAGAAAUUCUGACUUCUGAGUUAUAGUAUUUGAUCGAGAUCUGACAAUGUAGUUCUGGCAAAACUUGGUCCAUAAGAUUAGAGCAGUUGCUGAAGUGCAUACGGUGAGGUGCUAGGUUUUGGUGAAAUGGGUAUGCAUUGUUCUUCUUAGUUUUGUUGUUGCCUCUUGGCUUCUAUAUAGCUGAAUGUUUGAAUGUGCAAUGGUGGAAGCAUCUGUUGAUUCGAUGUACUAUUAUGUACUCCCUCCUUUCCUAAAUAUAAGAUAUUCUAGCUUUGUUAAGUCUA